GAGGAGGAGUGGGGAGGAGGAGGAGGCAGGGGGCGGGAGAGAUUAGUUUGGGAAGUAGCACGGAUUGCUCAUCCGAUCCGUGCAGCCGCAGCGAGUGUGUCAAGUUACAGAGGCGCCGGAAUCGGCCCCAGCGCUCCUCGCCAGCCGCCACGACCCACCUCUGCCCAUGGGGCCCUCCAUGUGCGCCCCUUCGUCCGGGGACUGAAACUGGCUGGCCCGGGAGACACGAGGCUCCCAGAAGGACUGACAGCGCGGCACCAACUGCUCUGCAGACACUUGAAGGGAAAGUCGGGGCGGAGAGAAGGAGAGCCGGUCGGAUUCCCCUAACUUUCCUGGACUUGGAACGUUCUUCGAAAUAACUUUUUUUCUCACCUAGGUGUGCCCCCAAUUACCGCUGGUUGUGCUUUUUCGGCACUUCCCCUCUUACUGCUAAUUUUUCCGUCUUUUUUGCCUGGAGCAACGGAAAGGGACGUUUUCCAGCGAUACAAGCCCUUUCCCCCUGCCCCGCAGUUUGGAUCGAGCCUUUUGGCAGCGGCUCUCACCUUUAUUUAUUCUAUUUAUUUAUUUAUUGGUUCUCAAGACGUGAGAGGAUGGUAGCGGAGCGCACCCUCAAAGCGGCAGCCGCCGGUGCCCGCGGCCCUGGGGAGCUGGGCGCGCCCGGGACGGUGGCUCUGGCUAUGGCGCGGGCGGAGCGCGGCGUGCGGCUGCCGAGCCCCGGGUCCUGUGGGCUGCUGGCGCUGGCACUCUGCUCGCUGGCGCUCAGCCUGCUCGCCCACUUUCGGACCGCCGAGCUGCAGGCCCGGGUGCUGCGCCUGGAAGCGGAGCGCGGGGAGCAGCAAAUGGAGACGGCUAUUUUGGGACGAGUCAACCAACUGCUGGACGAGAAAUGGAAGCUCCACUCAAGGAGGCGCCGGGAGGCCCCAAAGACAUCUCCAGGAUGUAACUGCCCGCCAGGACCUCCUGGUCCCACCGGAAGGCCUGGACUCCCGGGGGACAAAGGUGCCAUUGGGAUGCCUGGACGUGUGGGAGUAAAGGGUCAACCAGGCGAGAAGGGGUCCCCCGGAGACGCUGGGCUGUCCAUCAUUGGUCCCCGCGGCCCCCCUGGUCAACCAGGCACUCGAGGUUUUCCUGGAUUUCCGGGUCCCAUUGGGCUGGACGGCAAACCGGGCCACCCGGGACCAAAGGGGGAGAUGGGUCUGACAGGUCCCCCAGGACAGCAGGGACCCCAGGGACAAAAAGGAGAAAAGGGUCAGUGCGGAGAGUACCCACACCGGGAGUGCCUAAGCAGCAUGCCAGCAGCUCUGCGCUCCGGCCAGAUAAUUGCCCUGAAGGGUGAACAGAGCCAGGCCAGCAUCCAAGGUCCACCAGGGCCCCCAGGGCCCCCUGGACCAAGUGGACCUCUGGGGCACCCAGGACUUCCAGGGCCCAUGGGGCCACCGGGCUUACCUGGGCCUCCUGGACCAAAGGGAGAUCCAGGGAUCCAGGGCUACCACGGCCGGAAGGGAGAACGGGGCAUGCCAGGGAUGCCAGGCAAGCCUGGAGCCAAGGGGACUCCCGGAAUUGCUGUGGCUGGGAUGAAGGGUGAGCCAGGGAUCCCAGGAACCAAGGGAGACCCAGGAGCAGAAGGGAAGCCGGGGCCCCCAGGUUUGCUGGGAAAAAGGGGGCAGAGGGGUGAGAAGGGGGCUACAGGCUCCCCUGGGCUUCCUGGCCUCUUGGGGCAGAAGGGAGAGAAAGGCGAUGCUGGUAACUCCAUUGGAGGAGGCAGAGGGGAAGCUGGCCCUCCAGGGCUCCCUGGGCCCCCAGGGCCAAAGGGAGAAGCAGGUGUCGAUGGCCAGGUUGGCCCCCCAGGGCAGCAAGGAGACAAGGGGGAGCCUGGAGCAGCCGGAGAACCGGGAGCAGCUGGCCCCAAGGGCUCCAAGGGAGAACCAGGAAAAGGAGAGAUGGUGGAUUACAACGGAAACAUCAAUGAGGCUCUCCAGGAGAUCCGGACGCUGGCCUUGAUGGGGCCUCCUGGUCUUCCUGGGCAAAUCGGCCCACCUGGAGCUCCAGGGAUUCCAGGCCAGAAGGGGGAGAUUGGACUGCCAGGCCCUCCCGGACACGAUGGGGAAAAGGGACCUCGCGGUAAGCCAGGAGACGUGGGCCCUCCUGGUCCCCAAGGCCCCCCAGGAAAGGAUGGACCUCCAGGAAUGAAGGGAGAAAACGGGAACCCAGGGAGCCCAGGAGAGAAGGGGGAGAAAGGGGAGACAGGACAAGCGGGCUUGCCGGUUCCUGGGCCACCAGGGCCAGAGGGGCCCCCUGGACCUCCGGGGCUUCAAGGUGUUCCUGGACCAAAGGGGGAAGCAGGGCUAGAUGGAGCAAAAGGAGAGAAAGGCAUCCAGGGAGAAAAAGGAGACCGUGGUCCCCUGGGACUGCCCGGAGCUUCAGGUUUGGACGGCAGGCCUGGGCCACCGGGUACUCCAGGACCAAUUGGAGUUCCAGGCCCAGCGGGACCAAAGGGCGAGAGGGGCAGCAAAGGAGACCCUGGGAUGACAGGACCAACGGGAGCAGCUGGGCUUCCUGGUUUACAUGGACCACCUGGGGACAAGGGAAACCGGGGGGAGAGGGGGAAGAAAGGCUCUAGAGGGCCUAAAGGGGAUAAGGGAGACCAAGGAGCACCUGGAUUAGAUGCCCCCUGCCCGUUGGGCGAAGACGGCUUACCAGUCCAGGGCUGCUGGAACAAGUGAUGCCUCUAACCUUGGAUUGGCCUGUGUGUGUUUGUACAUAGAAUAUUUAUUUUUAUACAGUUUUCACUUUUUGAAAAUGCCCGAAGUAUGAUGCCUCUUACAGAUUAUUAAAAAAGAAAAACCGGCAUAUUUUGUACAGAAAAUAUCAACCUCUUCCCUUUUGUUUACAAGAUGUUUCGUCUAAGUCUGUGUCUCUAAUACACUUUUUGUGAGUAUGGUCGUAAUGUCUGCAUGAUAUUUGUGCACACUUAUUAAGUAUUGAAGCUUAAUAAAUUAUUGUGUCCUGGUGCCAAAGGGGGCCAGCCAGAACUGAGGUGCUGGCUAGCUCGUGUGAAUUCACACAAAUGUAGAGGUCCAUAUUUGCCAAGCUAGGUGUGUCUAAGAAUAUUUUAAACCCUUGUGGAUUUUCAUUAUUAAAAAAAUGAAACAUGGCAAUUCA